AUGUAUAUGCAUGUAAAUUAGGGAAAUCUCUUACCCUUUUUUUUUGAACAGCAAAGAAAAUUUUAUUAGAUAAAAGAGAUAAGGAAACAGUACAUAAGAAGGCUAGAGUGAAAUAGCAUCACUUAUUUUCCAGAAGUUGAUGAUUGUUGGGCAGAUCAAUCAUUUGAAUGGGACCAUGAUAAAGUGAAAGUCUACUGAGUCUAAAUAAUCAAUACCUGCUAGCGAAUCCACUGUACAGUAGUACUAUACAUAAAUACUGUAUGAUUUAGAUUGGAAAAAGGAUUGAUUACCAGAAGAAAAUGGCUCCAUCACCUUUUGUUUGGUAAGGUAUUCAUUAGAAGAGUAAGAAGUCCAAGACUCUCUUAACACUGUUGUUCGACAAUCAUAAACCAACCACCCCUAAGUUAAUCUAAUAACAAGUUUCUGCCCUCUAUAAAUAGACACUUAAAGCCAUAACAUAACACACAACAGUCUUGAUUCACAAACAAAAAACAACCUUAACCAAAGAUUAGCCAAAAUGCGCUUGAAGUAUCUUCUUAUUCUCCUUCCAUUGGCCAUGGCCAUUGCCUUGGCUAUAACCCCCUUUUCACAGGGGCUUGACCAUAAUCUCAACCACCCCUCUUCUUUAGUACCACCAUCCACUGUACUGAAUUACCAUGGUGGUCCGCUCCUGACCGGACCAAGCAGCAUCAAUAUCUAUCUGAUUUGGUACGGAACCUUCUACAAAAAAGACAGAACACCCAUCACCGAUUUCUUCGCUUCCUUUGCCCCUCCUAGGGGAAUCAAUUCCACCGUUUUGACAUGGUGGAAUACGAUUCUAUCGUACAAAGACAAGUCCGGAAACCCAGUCUCCGGAACAGUCAAAUUCGCCAAACAACUCGGUGACGUAAAAUACUCACUUGGGAAGCAUAUCAAGCGAGCCCAAAUACGAAACUGUGUAAAAAACAAGAUAGACACGGGAAAAUUACCUUAUGACCAUCAUGGGAUAUAUCUGGUUUUGACUUCUAAAGAUGUGACUGUAGACCGAUUCUGCAUGGAUUCAUGCGGUUUUCAUGGAGGAAUCAUGACAUUGGCAAAGAGGAGAGUCGUCUAUGCACAUGUUGGAGACCCCCAUGUGCAGUGCCCUGGGCUGUGUGCAUGGCCAUAUGCGAUUCCUGCUUAUGGCCUGCCGGGCCAGGCCCUUGUGGCACCUAAUGGGAUCGGGUCUGAUGGGAUUAUUAUCAACGUUGCGACGAUUCUUGCUGGAGCCGCCUCCAACCCAUUAAAGUCUGGUUACUUUCAAGGCGAUGCCUUGGCACCACUGGAGGCUGUCACAGCAUGUCCGGGGAUUUUUGGUGACGGAGCUUAUCCAGGGUAUCUGGGUGACUUGAAGGUGGAUAAAAUAAGCAAGGCAAGUUACAAUGCUUAUGGUGUCAAUGGCCAGAAGUUCCUUCUUCCGGCUAUGUGGGACCCACUGCAUGUCCACUGCAAGGUUGUCGCAUGA